GACGAAUCCAAUCAGGUUAGUACCCGUAUGAUACUCGAGCGUGGUAAGACGCGAUAUCGCGAAGCACCGAAGCCUGCAAGAUAGUCUAUUGAAGCUCUACUCUCGCGGAUUUUUUGGUCGAAAAGGUGAAGAGAUCGUGCCAGGCAUCUUUGCUCAUAGUGCAAAAAGUCUACGUAUAUUUCGUGUAUCUUUAUGCGAAUAUAAUGCAAUUGCUUCUUAGGAAAUUUAGUAAGAUCAUAGUCUUGAAUUUUGGUGGAUAUUGUUCGUGAUGCUCUUUGGCUGAAUAGUUUCAUACUUGUUUGUUCCCAUUGUUGUGAUGAAGAUCUUUGCGAUUAUUCGUUGCUCAACCCACGUCGUUAGCCGUUUCCUCUUCCAAUAGCGUAUUUCCCUAUCUGAUAUUAAGAUUCCCAGCAAAGUGCAAAUAAUUGAAUGUUCCCGGAAUACUUGCAGUGAAUGCAACCCUGCUCAAAGCGGUUCCAAUUAGUCGCGGCAAGUGAACGAAUCACAACAUCCCACAAUUACCACCCCCAACCCGUGUGGAAUUUGUUUACAGUAAAUGGAGAAGAAAGUCGUAACUAAAUUGAAUAAAUCGCGCCACUGAUUAUUUAUCAACAAAACUUUCGGUUGUGUGACUCGAAAUAAUCGCAACAAUUGCGAAAGGUGUAAUAGUGAAGGCAAUCCGCAUCGGAGCUUCGUGAGUGCCGAAGUAAAACCAUGAACAUGCCAGUGAAAGUGAAAAGCCAUUACACUAUGGAGAAGACAGACAAAUUGUCUGAAUCUAAUGAUUUUGAAUAUCAAAUGAAUUCAGCAGCAGCACGGCUACUAUCAACCACUUUGUCAGCCUCACCCUCAGUACCCUCGCUUACAGCAUCUGCAGAUCCAGUAGUGGCGCCAGGAAAAACUGCAUUGAACUCAACGACCAGUACCAGCACAUACACAACCACUGGAUUAAAUGGUUCAGUUCAGCUCCACUCCAAGACCACCACAAUGGAAUCCACCAUUCCCUCGCAAGUUGCACCAUCUCCGCCAUCAGUAAAUGCUUCCAAUGGCGAAAACAAGAUGAAGACGUCAUUGAUGCCAUCGAUGACAUCUUCACCAUCGUCAUCAGUUGCUAUAAUCACUGUUGCGGAGACUGGAAAAUUGCAUCCUCAAAAUGACUGUAGGAUUGAGGAAGGCCUUAAGUUCGAAAAUGGGGAAAACUCCUUGAAUUUCGAUCGUGGCAAAAAACUCUGGGAUGAUGAUGGUGAUGCUGAGAUUGCUGAUGAAGCUAGAGAUGAAGAUAAGCAGGAGAGGCUCACAUCCGGAUCAACAACUGGUGAAGAUCUAGGAAGCAGCGCAAAUAAAACUACAAAUGAAGAUUGUGAUAGCCAAAUAGAUGCGGAUACUAAACACAUUCUUGGAUGUGUUCAUUAUAAACGACGAGCGAUGUUUGUUACACCCUGCUGCAAUAAAUUCUACAAAUGUCGAUAUUGCCAUGAUGAAAAUGAGGAUCAUCAUUUUGAUAGGAAGACACUAACAGAAUUAAUAUGCUCAGAAUGUGAUACGAGGCAGCGAGUACAGGAGACCUGCGAAAAUUGUGGAGUAAGAUUUGGAAAGUACACCUGCCUAAUAUGUAAUCUAUUUGAUGAUGAAGACAAGGCACAGUAUCAUUGCUACGGUUGCGGAAUUUGCAGAAUAGGAGGUCGAAAAAACUUUUUCCAUUGUGAAGUGUGCAAUAUGUGUUUGCCAAUCCAGUUGAAAAUCGAAGGACACAGAUGCGUCGAAAACAUUUCCCGAUCGAAUUGUCCAGUAUGCUUGGGAGAUAUUCACACAUCGAGGAUACCAUGCCAUAUACCGGACUGUGGACAUCUGCUACAUAAGAUGUGUUUCGACCAAUUGCUAGCAUCUGGCCAUUAUGUCUGUCCUACGUGCCAAACGUCUAUUAUUGAUAUGACUAAAAUGUGGGAGUACUUGGAUGCUCAGGCACUGAUGAUGCCCGUACCGAAGAUAUAUGAGGAUCGUUACCUGAAUAUCUUUUGCAACGAUUGUCAUAAGCAAUCCACUGUGAAAUUCCAUUUCAUCGGGCUUAAGUGCUUCUAUUGCGGAGGAUACAACACCACCCAAGAUGGCAAAAGGAGGAGGUCACGGGUCAACCCGAGUGAUAGUUUUCCUGACAACGCAUCGUCGGCCUGACGAAGGCCUGAUUUUCUGCUUUCACCCUUUUUCGAGCCAUGGGACCCAUGCUCGCGAAGCUUCAAAGAGAGAAUAAAACUGAUCGUUCACAUACCAAUUCUUAGCAGCUGACCAACCACAAACCUACCAGGAAAGCAAUAAAUUGUCUUAUUAACAAUCGCAUCACGCGAACAAUUGAGAAUACACAAUGUCUACUGAGGCAAAAGAAAAGUAUUAUUUUCCGCGUGUGCCAUAGGAAUAGAGUACCAUGUAACGACCAAUUUACGUAAUUUUUAUAAUUCCAGCUCUUGCACUUUGUAUUUAUUUGAUCCGCUACUCAGUUUUAUAGGGAAACUAAAGUAAUGAGCUCCUUAUGACGAGGAAAAUUGUUGAGGUACCGAUUGAUCCGUUUAAAUCGGUUUGGAAGGAAAUACGAUAUAAACCGGAAUCGGAAUCGGAAUAGAAAGUCGGCGCAAUAAAAUUCAUGCAAAAAUGUUUAAUUUAACAAAUUUUUGAAUGAAUUUUGUUGCACUGACUAAGAGAAAAAUACAAAAAAAAGACAAAGACCAGAUGCAUCCAGUACAACUAUGUACGCUUCUGUACCGAAUUUUUCAAAUGGUCUUAAAAAGGAUUUUUUACAAAAAAAAUGAUAUUUGUCACAAUAUGUCCAUAUUUAAGAUUGCUCCUAGGUUUAAAUAAUGUACAUUUCCAAUUUCUUCCUCUCGAUUGUAAUCAAUAUGUAAAUAAAUGAUAUAAAAAUUAGA